UGUGCAUCUAUUAACUGCAUAGACAUUUUUGUGUUUAAACAUAAUGAUACCAUCUCAGCUAAUCCACUUAAACUAUGUAAGAAACAUUUGAGCUGGGAACAGAUGGAGGAGAUGCACCGGAGAUUUGAGAAUGCCCCUGAUUCUGCCAAGACAAAAGCCUUGCAAACUGUUAUUGAAAUGAAGGUUUCUUCUGUCUUGUACAGUUCAGAGCUCAGUCCACGAACUGGAGCCACCCACACUCAGGGAUUCAAAAUUUCUUCCAUGGAGCGUGGGCUCCGAGACCUGGAGGAGGAAAUUCAGAUGUUGAAAUCAAAUGGGGCUUUGAGUACUGAAGAGCGGGAGGAAGAGAUGAAACAAAUGGAGGUGUACAGGAGCCACUCUAAAUUUAUGAAGAAUAAGAUUGGCCAGGUGAAACAGGAAUUGUCCAGAAAGGACACAGAAUUACUAGCCUUACAGACAAAGCUAGAAACUCUCACGAACCAAUUCUCAGACAGUAAGCAGCAUAUUGAGGUGCUGAAGGAGUCCCUCACUGCUAAGGAGCAAAGGGCUGCCAUCCUGCAGACUGAGGUGGAUGCUCUUCGAUUGCGUUUGGAAGAAAAGGAGACUAUGCUGAAUAAAAAAACCAAACAAAUUCAAGAUAUGGCUGAGGAGAAGGGCACACAAGCUGGAGAGAUACACGACCUCAAGGACAUGCUGGACGUGAAGGAGCGGAAGGUCAAUGUUCUCCAGAAGAAGAUAGAAAAUCUUCAGGAACAACUAAGAGAUAAAGAGAAGCAGAUGAGCAGCUUGAAAGAGCGAGUGAAGUCUCUGCAGGCGGACACGACUAACACGGACACAGCUCUGACAACACUGGAGGAGGCUCUUGCAGAUAAAGAGCGGACAAUUGAACGUUUAAAGGAGCAGCGGGACAGAGAUGAGCGAGAGAAGCAAGAGGAGAUUGAUACCUACAAAAAAGAUCUUAAAGACUUGAAAGAAAUCAGCCUAUUGCAAGGAGACCUCUCAGAGAAGGAGACUUCUCUCUUGGAUCUCAAAGAGCAUGCUUCUUCCCUGGCUUCCUCAGGACUAAAAAAGGACUCACGGCUCAAGACCCUAGAAAUUGCUCUUGAGCAGAAGAAGGAAGAGUGCCUAAAAAUGGAGUCACAGUUGAAAAAGGCACAUGAAGCAACAUUGGAAGCCAGAGCCAGUCCAGAAAUGAGUGACCGAAUACAGCAAUUGGAGAGAGAGAUUGCCAGGUAUAAAGAUGAAUCCAGCAAGGCCCAAACAGAAGUUGACCGUCUCUUGGAAAUCUUGAAAGAGGUGGAAAAUGAGAAGAAUGACAAAGAUAAGAAGAUAGCUGAGUUGGAAAGGGAGUCCAGAGCGGUCCUUGGUGUUAUUACUGCUUUGUGUAAUGAGUCAGUGGUUCUCAAGCUUAAGAAGUUGUUGAGCUCAUAA